AUGAAUAUCGUACAUUAAAAAUAUGUGAUGAUGCUGCAGUAGGAGAGUUUGCAGAUAUGAAUACGACACAGGAAAAUAUUGCUCGCUAAAUGGCUCCGGAAAUUUGUAAUGCUAGUGGCGAAUUUACACAAAAGAGUGACGUGUUUUCUUUUGGUAUUAUUUGCUGGGAAGUAAUGUCCAGGAAGAAGCCAUUUGAAGAAUUUAAAGACAUGGAGAAAUUAGUUCUGCAAAAUAAAAUUAUGAAUGGGGAACGUCCGGAUAUAGAUUAUUUGAAGGAGUAUAAAGAUGCAGAUAGUUUAUUGCCAAUAAUUCAAAAAUGUUGGGACCAAGAUCCAAGUAAUCGGCCGCCGAUGAAUGAAUUGUGUAAUCUUCUUCCCAAAUAUCCUCGUGCUUCCAUUGUAGUAAACUACAAUGCUUUAAAACUGGGCAAAUAUAUUGGAACUGGCAGCUAUGGCAUUGUCUUCAAAGCAACUUGGCAAGCAGAAUAUGAAACCCGAGACAUUGCUGUAAAAAUAAUUCAAGAUGCACAAAAACAAAAGGCCAUCCAAAAAGAAAUUCACGAUUUAAAAGCAUUAUACCAUGCGAAUAUUGCCAAACUUUAUGGUUUUUCUAUUGAUCGCGAAGAUAGAAUUUUGAUGCUCGUUGAAUAUGCAGACUGCGGAUCGCUCUGCAAUUUAUUGUACCGUACAGACAACGAAGUUACAUUCUAUACGGGCCUUGAUUGGAUAUUGCAAUGCGCCGAGGGUAUGGAAUAUUUGCAUGGCAAAAACAUCCUGCAUCAGGAUCUUAAGACAGAGAACUUGCUACUGUUUGAUAAUUUUCGGAUAUUGAAAAUAUGCGACUAUGGUAGAGUAAAGGAAUUCGCUACCAUGAAUAAGGAGUUCAGUGGGAUAGAUAAUAGGGCUCCAGAGGUUCGCACCAAUGGAAAAUAUACAGCAAAAAGCGAUGUGUUUAGCUUUGCCCUUCUUUCAUGGGAAGUAAUGUCUAGGAAAAAAUCUUCGGCGACCAUAAUGAAUGGUGAUCGUCCAAAUCUAAUUGAAAUGAUGAAACAUGAGGAUAUUGAUAUCGUAAAAUCAAUAAUAAAGAAAUGCUGGGAUCAAGAUCCAGAUAAACGACCUUCGAUGAAAGAACUAUGUGUACUCCUUAAAAUUUAUCCGUUUAUUAAUUUUGACGACAUACAAUUUGGAAAAAGGUUUGAGAGGGGUGGCUUUGGUGUAAGCUACAAGGCAAUAUGGAAAACCGAAGGUCAAGAGAAAGAUGUUAAUGCGAAAAUACAUUCAGAUAAAACUUCAAACUCUGAGAAAAUUUCAAGAAGAACAGAAAUGCUAUUUCUGAAGAAGGCUCACAAUUUAAAACAAAUGAAGCACGAAAAUGUUGGCACAUUUUACGGCGCCUCCAAAGAUCCAAAAAACACCAUUUACUUUUUACUUUAUGAGUACUCCGAGUGUGGAUCAGUCUAUAAUUUCCUACAUCGCACGAAAAACGAACUAGCCUAUGUCGAAAAGAUCAAUUGGAUGUUGCAAUGUGCUAAGGGUGUGGAAUAUUUGUGGAGCCAAGGAAUUACUCUUCGGUUUAUUAAGCCACAGACCUUAAUGCUUUUCGAUGUUUUUCGUACCUUAAAAGUAUUCGAGUAUGGAUCAGCGAAAGAAUUAUCAAAGUUUAAUAAACAAGAAAUGGUACAGUUUGCUUAUAUAGCACCAGAAAUUCAUGCUGCACGUAAGAAUACCGACUUUAAGAAAAGUUUAGUAUUUAGCUUUGGCAUUAUUUUUUGGGAAGUAAUGUCUGGGAAAGAACCAUUUCACGAUUAUGAAAUAGCGGACGUGCCUAAAAUUAUUAUUUCUGGAUCUCGUCCGAAUAUAGAUGAUAUAAAAUCAUGCAACGAUGCUUAUCUUAUCAAACCAAUAAUUGAAAAGUGCUGGGAUCAAAAUGCAGAAAAUCGACCAACGAUCACGGAACUUUCCUCAUUGCUUUCAUAUCUAACUGCCGGAAAACUUUAAGAUGACAAAAUAAAAGCUGUAACGUAGAAAUUGUAGUAUAUGGGCAUUUCUCCGGGUCGCGAACGUACGUAGAUC